CUGUCAGUGCUGUCACUUCAGUAGUGUCUUCAGUUUACAGCUUCAGCUGUUUUCAGUGUCAUGUUGUGGUUUGUGUGUGUUCGUGUUUUGUAAAAUUUUAUUAUAAGUCAACAAAAAAAAAAACAAAUAAAAGUGUAAGAAAUGUUACAAUCGAUACAAUAAUGUCCAGUAGUAGUUUCGACGACGUAUUGAUGUCUCUCCAAGGUGUUCAAAAUAGUACAAAACUACUUCAGCUUCUCAUUGAAGUAAAAGAAAGAGUGGAUGUCGACUGUGCCAACAGCAAUGACAACAUUACCAAAAUCCGCGAAAGCGGUAGUUUCAAACAAAUUAUUUCGUCGCUUCAGACGUCUAAAGAAAGAAUAAUUAAGCUAUCUUUGAGCAUUCUUGGUCACUGUUGUUUGGACGUUAACUGUGCUAGAGAGAUGGUGACGCGAUAUGGCAUUUUAUCAAAUCUCAACCAACUUUUGAUACGGUACCCCAAGGAAGACAGCAUAAACGGACGCGUGUUUAAAAUUGUAGGCAACUUGUGUCAACACAAGUAUCAAUGGACUAACAAUAUUAUUGAUAAGGAACCAGAGAUUGUAAUACAUAUUGUAAAGUUUUUGAAUGGUUUGGUGGAAGAAGAGAACGGGGAAGUAUCAGAGGCCACAGUCACAAUGGGAGUAAGGUCUCUAAGGGAAUUAUUGUGUCGAGAAACCCUUGAAACGUUGGUUGUGACAUAUGGGGUCCCCAGAACUUUGGGGACGUUACUUAUUAAAUAUGGUACUAUUUGGCAAGCUACUGAACAAGGCGAUGGAGUUGUUCUGAACAUCAUUAAGGGGUUGCAUGAAUUUUCGCGGUACACAUAUUAUCCAUCAAUUUUAGAUAUGAGAAACACCGGCAAGGGAGACUCCAUUGUCUAUCUCAGCAAAAUUCUCUUUGUGGCCCCACUACAAGUAGCCAAAAUAGUGAUGAAUGUUUUAAGGAUCAGCCAGUCCGAAGCCGACUUGCCGCUCCUUGAAAUUUUCGAUAGUAUUGUGAAAGUACUGCGCGAUGAAUCCAUCAUUCAAGAAUUUAACUCGACGUGUGAAGAUUGUAUUAGAGGUCUUUGCUAUUUACUUGACUAUCCAGAAAAUAGAGAAAAUGAAAAGUUUGUGGAGAGUAUCCCAGUCUUGAUGACUGUAUUAAAGGGUCUAACUUUUGAAAACAAUAGAAAAAUUGAGUGUUGUUUGUUGAUUCUGUCAACACUGAACAAGUGCACAAAUAGGAAUAAUUUAAUUACUGCUCAGAUUAAUAGUAACGCUGUGACAGUAUUAACCGAAAAAAUAAAGUUAAUAGUUGGGGCCGUUCAACCACUGAACUUUAUUCAUAAUUGUAACACAAAAAAAACUCAUUUUGUUGCCAGAUUUAAAGGGAACAAAAAGCUUAAACUCUCUGAUGAUUGUGAGUCUUCCUCAAGCAGUGACGAAGAAUUUGUUCAAUUAAGCAAUCUAAGAUAUAAUUAUAGUCCAGGGUCAAGCAACAAUUCAGUAUUGUCAUGGACGUCUGCAUUAUCUCCACUACCUAGUCCCCAACCUCAGUUUGCUGGUGGUUCAGAAACUUCAGGAUCUGGUGACUACUUUCCUGUGUGUAGCGAAUUUGACGAUAAUGACGUUUGCUUGCCGCUCGUAGAACCAGAACCAAAAGAUUCAGAUGACUCACAAAGUUUUAAUGUGGAUUCCUAUUCUAGAAGACAGAUCAAAAAAAUAUUUCUAAAAAAAAUACUUGAUCUACUCAAAACUUAUGUCAGAAUAAAUCCUCCCAUAACACAGUUCGAAGCGCCAGAUCUUUUACUGGGACUUAUCAGAAGUUCAGGAUACUUUGACUGGGCACAGAGGGAAUCACGUGUAGAAAUUGGUCAAAUCGUCUGUAAAAUAUUUGAAUCCGACGAUUAUUUAUUACCUUUAAUGAAAACCGACUUCAUUCCCUACGUCUGCGAUUAUACCGGAGAUCCAGUUAACCCUUGGUGUUCAAAAUGUCGCGGGUUCCAAGAAAUCAGUAAAAUCGUCAUAAACAAAAUAUCCGAACGAGCUGAAUCAGAUGGUGGAAAAGGCGACAUAGCUCACAAGUUAUUACGUGGAGACAUUGAAACAAAACAACAGUUGGCACUAGUCAUACCCUAUAUAAUAAGGGACAGAUGUAUUCUGUUGGAACUCAUGCUCGAUUCCGGUGGUCUUGAAAUCCUCAUGCAACUCCUCAAAGACGACUCGCCCCUACAGAACAAGUGCAUCCAAGCAUUGUGCGUCCUUGCAUCGAAAAGACUUUGCAUUCCAAACCCCCAACAUCUGUACAUACCAAAUAAAAACGCCGACGAACCUCCCUUGCCUUCGACUGUCGUCACAUUCAAAUUAGACGACGGUAGUUUGGUGAGCGCAGACCGAGAUCUGCUCAGCAAAAAGUCGGACUUUUUCGCGCGACUUUUGGAUGGCGACUUCAAAGAGUCUUGUCAAGACGUGAUAACCUUACCUAAUGUAGCGAAGAAAGCGCUAGUAUACUUGCUGCAAUUUAUGAACUGUGACAUAGAUAAGGAUGUUUAUAGUGACUUGGACUUGCAUACACACCUUGAUGUGAUUGCUCUGUGCGAUAGGUUUUUACUGGAAGAUUGUAUUAUGUACUUGACGAAUCACGUGUGGAAGUUUAGACUAAGAUGUGAUACUAUCCCCACAAUUUAUAACUGGUCCAUGAAAUCGAGGACGAAUUUGUUGAGGACGGAGUGCGUAACGUUUGCUUUGGUUGGCUAUAUUCUAGAUCAGGAUAGAUUUGAAAUGUUCAAAAAAUUGUUUGAAUUGGGUUAUAUUGAAGAGUUAUUAGGGGACAUUAAGGAGUUAUUGGUCCGGUAUUUGUCUGGACGUAAAUCUGAUACUGCUAGAGAAAAAUAAGAAGAUCGUAUCAAAGGCUUCACUGCAUUCAAUGAAUGGUUUUUGUAUGUCUGGAAAGUAGGUGACCAAUAAAUGUUCAUUUUGAAUUCAAUUUUUAUUAACAAAAAUGGACAAACAUUAUCUACAUUCAUUGAACAACUUACAUUUUAAAUAAAGUGUAAUAAUUUAAUUAUUAUUUAAUAAUUAUGUACACAUAAAUUAAUUUAUAAAAAUAAGUUUUAUCCAAUUACGUUACUACGUAUCUUUUGUUAUAAAAAUAAAUAUAUAACAAAAAAAAACGAUCACCAUUAAUUUAACGAAACUAAGACUAAAUAUCAGAUAAGAUUCAAUAAAUUAGAUCACGUUUUAAUCUAAUCUCGCACUAAACUUAAUACUAGUGGCUCAUUUCUUUUUUAAUAUAUGUUCAUUUAUCAUGGUAUAUAUUAAACCUACAGUUAGAGAUGCAACAGCUGCCCCUUGGGCCCCCACACGGAGAUGCAUUAGAUAAACACUAGGACUCAUUUUCCCUCUAUUUUUGAACAUAUACGCCCCAUAGCCUACUGCCAUUGCACACACGCCAAUAG